AUGUCAUCCCUCCCAUCUACAAUGAAGGCGGUCUCUUUCGCCCAAAUCGGCGGGCCUGACGUCCUGCAAUACACCGAAUCCCAACCUCUGCCCAAACUCCAGGACGGCGAAAUCCUGGUGAGAAAUAACUUUGCUGGCGUCAACUACAUCGACACCUACUUCCGCAGUGGCCUGUACCCUGCAUCCUAUCCUCUGAUCCCCGGCCAAGAGGCUGCUGGGACAGUCGCAAAGAUUCAAGGAAACAACCCACUGGGAUUUAAAGAGGGCGAUCGUGUGGUUUGGAUCAAGCAAGGAGGCUAUGCGGAGUACACGGCUGUGCCUGCGGAUCGAGCAAUCAAGAUCCCCCAAGGCGUAUCGGAUGAAGAUGCAGUUGGUGGCUUCCUCAUGGGCAUGACCGCGCUCUCACUUAUCAAAGAGGCGUACCCAGUGAAGAAAGGCGAAACGAUUCUAGUUCACGCCGCCGCAGGAGGGAUGGGAUUACUCCUCUGCCAGCUGCUGAGUGACAUGGGUUGUACCGUGAUCGGCACCGCCGGCGGCCCUGAGAAGUGCGCUCUCGCCAAGGAGAACGGCGCAACGCAUGUAAUUGACUACAAGGCCACCGGCGGGCCGACUUGGGUCGAGCAGGUUUUGAAGUUGACGAACGGGGAGGGUGUGGAUUGCACGUAUGACGGAGUGGGUAAGGAUACUUAUGAAGGCAGCAUGGAAGUCGCAAAGAGAAAGAGCAAAGUCGUGUACUUCGGUAACGCUUCCGGCGCCAUUCCUCCCAUUAAUAUCGCCCGCCUGACGGCAAAGAAUCUCUCCAUCAUGCGCUCCACGCUCAUGGGCUACAUCACCACGCGCCCGGAAUUGGAGUACUACGCAAAUAGCGUGCUGGACCUGAUCAAGGCGGGAAAACUGAAGAUCAAAAUCCACAAGGUGUAUCCGCUCAGCGAGGCAAAGCAGGCACAUAUCGACUUGGAGGGGCGGAAGACCACAGGCAAGCUAUUGUUGAAGUGUUAA